GUCAUGCGCUGCAGUGUUUUGUUUUGUUUUCACAUAUAACACUUUCUGUUGUAGAUAGCAUAUAAAACACCAGCAGCGGGGGAGAUGCCAGUGUGUUUAAUAGUACGUGAAGAUGAUUCACAUCAUAAACCCAUUCAGCUUCAUCAUCAACAAGCUGUGACUUUGGGUCGAGGACCAGAAACUAAGAUAAAAGACAAAAAGUGCUCAAGAGAACAAGUUGAAUUGAGAGCUGAUUGCAACAGAGGAUUUAUCUCAGUUAAACAGUUGGGUGUGAAUCCUACAUAUGUGGACAAUGUGGUCGUGGGCAAAGGCAAUCAGGUGACCAUAAAGCCGGGCCAGAGACUUUACAUGGUCAACCAGCUGUAUCCAUAUACAGUGAAGUUCACCGAGGAGACGUUCACAGCCCGAUCCGCUGCGGAGGGGAGCAAAGCCUCCAAAAGAUCCCAUCGGAUGAGCUCUGAGGGCAACGGAGAGAAGAGUCCUGCAAAUACUACAUCAUCAUCCGAAGGUUCACCUCCAGCCAAAAAGACACCACCGCCGCCCGGACCUGAUAAAUCAGAAUCUGCUGGCCAUUGGAGCCAAGGGCUUAAAGUGUCAAUGCAGGACCCCAAGAUGCAGGUGUACAAAGAUGACAGGGUGGUGGUCAUCAAGGACAAGUACCCAAAGGCGCGUUACCAUUGGCUGGUUUUGCCGUGGGACUCGAUCUCCAGUCUGAAGGCUCUGCGGCCGGAGCACGUGGACCUGCUCAAGCACAUGCAGCGUGUGGGAGAUCGGAUGGUGCAGCAGUGCCGGGACGCUCACAAACUGCACUUCCGCAUGGGAUAUCACGCCAUCCCCAGCAUGAGUCACGUCCACUUGCACGUAAUCAGCCAAGACUUCGACUCGCCGUGUUUGAAGAACAAGAAGCACUGGAAUUCCUUCACUACAGACUAUUUUGUUGAGUCUCAAGACGUGGUUGCGAUGCUGGAGCGUGAUGGGAAAGUGACGGUGAAGGAAGGUGCUAGUGAACUACUGAAGCUGCCUCUGCGAUGUCACGCGUGUCGUAAAGAGCAGCCGACGAUACCCAAACUCAAAGAGCAUCUCAAAACUCACCUGCCUGCUUAAAGACACCACAGCCCUCUCGUACGGGACAGACACAGUUAUUUUUUCUAGUUUAAAGUUUGUCAAAAUUACAAAUCAUUUUGUAAACAGGCCUUUAGUAAAAUGGAUUUGUUCUGGA